UCGAAGUAGGUGGACAAUUUUCAAUGCUUCUCCACUUUGGUUUUUCCGAGGAGGAUUGGGACUACCUCUCAUUUUGCUGGGGAAAAUAACUUUCACUGAAAAAUAAAAAAUAUCAAACAUUGCAGUCGCAGCAAAGAUGGCAUUAAUGGCUUCUUCAUCUCUGCCCGCUUUGAGCAAAACUAAUGGUGCUGCUAUGAAGCCUUCGGUGAAAAUUGCUCCUAGACGCUCACCUUCAACUUUAGUGCGGCAGAGAACAGAUAAAUCUUUUGGACAGACAGGCCACAGAAGUCGAGCUUCUGUGUGUGCUCAAUACAACAAUAACAGAGGUGGCGUAGGAGAUUUUGUUGGUGGGUUUUUUGUUGGAGGCCUAGUAUUUGGAGCACUUGGUUACUUGCUUGCACCUCAGAUAAGCAAAAACUUGUGGGCUGAAGAGGCGGUAAAGAAGAAGGUGCUAAAACUCAUAGAUGAUGGUGAAGAAGGCUUGGAGGUUGCUCGGAAGAGUUUGAGUGAAAAGAUAGCUCAGCUAAAUUCUGCCAUUGAUGGUAUUUCUGACAAAUUGAAAGCAGAUAAAGGAGUCAAGUUACCAAAGAAUAUUAUUCGUGAAGGGCAACCUGUAGAUUAUAUCUAAACUGUAGGUAGUUAUGGGCAAUAAGAAAAUUUAUUUGGUGAAGCAUAAAUGUCUGGUAAUUUUCAUGGAUACCAUUUAAACCAGAUGUAUGAUUUGUAUGAGUGGGUAUUGAAAUUUGGAUAUUAGUUGUGCUCACAAUGACAAUUUUAACUGAAGUAACAGCAGUGUGUGCUUCCCCACAUGCCAUGGUUUUAAGUCUUUUGACUUGCCUGGUAGUCUGUUACUCAUGAACUCCUCAAUAAUUUUAUAUCUGAUUGUUUUCUUUCCGAGAAGAGAAUGUAAGAAGACAAAGAAACAGAGCACUUUUAUUUUUAAUGCUUGUUUUACGAUA